GUUCCUGAUCCGGCGCGUGCCCGCUCCCGCCGCGGCAGGUUCCCGAGCGGAGGAGCCGCCCCCACGCCUCCGGCUCCCCGCGCGUGGAGCAAGGGGCGCGGCUCCGGCGCCGCCCACACCCGGGGCUGCGCUCGCUCCUGGCACCGCAGGUCUGGGGGCCGAGGGCCGAGAGCGGCGGCCGCCCGGACGGCGGUGCCACCGAGCCCCUCCGCGGGCGGCCCAGGCGGGAGGACCCUGCGCGGCGGGAUGGCGGCGGCCGCGCGCGCUCGGGGCUGGGCACCGCGGCCCGUCCCGCCGCCACCGCCGCCGCUACUGCUGCUACUGCUGUUGCUCCUGCUGCUGUUACCCGACUGCCGUGCGACAGCUCGGGCCCUGGGUGCCCCGGCCGGGCUCAGCCUGCACCCUCCCUACUUCAACCUGGCCCAGGCGGCGAGGAUUUGGGCCACCGCCACCUGCGGGGAGCGCGGGCCCAGCGGCGGGCGGCCCCGGCCGGAGCUCUACUGCAAGUUAGUGGGGGGUCCCAUGGCCCCGGGCAGCGGCCACACCAUCCAGGGCCAGUUCUGUGACUAUUGCAACUCUGAGCACCCCAGGAAGGCACACCCAGCCACCAACGCCAUCGAUGGAUCGGAACGGUGGUGGCAAAGCCCUCCUCUCUCCUCAGGCACCCAGUACAACAAAGUCAACCUCACCUUGGAUCUGGGGCAGCUCUUCCAUGUGGCCUAUGUUUUAAUCAAAUUUGCAAAUUCUCCUCGCCCUGAUCUUUGGGUCUUGGAAAGAUCUGUAGACUUUGGAAGCACCUACUCACCGUGGCAAUAUUUUGCUCAUUCUAAAGCAGACUGUCUGGAACAAUUUGGGCAGGAAGCAAAUACGGCUAUCACCAAGGAUGAUGAUGUACUUUGUGUUACGGAAUAUUCUCGUAUUGUACCUUUGGAAAAUGGUGAGAUUGUGGUGUCGUUGAUAAAUGGUCGUCCAGGUGCCCGAAAUUUUACUUUCUCUCACACCCUGAGGGACUUUACCAUGGCAACAAACAUCCGCUUGCGUUUUCUCCGAACCAACACCCUUCUUGGACACCUCAUCUCCAAAGCGCAGCGAGAUCCAACUGUCACUCGGCGGUAUUAUUACAGCAUAAAGGAUAUCAGCAUCGGUGGGCGGUGUGUUUGCAAUGGCCAUGCUGAAGUAUGCAAUGCGAACAAUCCUGAAAAACUGUUUCGGUGUGAAUGCCAGCACCACACCUGCGGGGAGACGUGUGACCGCUGCUGUGCCGGGUACCAUCAGAGGCGCUGGCAGCCCGCGCAGGAGCAGAGCCACGCGUGCGAAGCAUGCAACUGCCACGGCCAUGCCACUGACUGUUACUAUGAUCCAGAUGUUGAGCAGCAGCGGGCAAGCUUGAACAUCCAAGGCAUCUAUGCAGGUGGAGGGGUCUGCAUUAACUGUCAGCAUAACACAGCUGGUGUGAACUGUGAAAAGUGUGCUAAGGGUUACUACCGUCCUUAUGGGGUUCCGGUUGAUGCCCCCCAUGCCUGCAUCCCUUGUAGCUGUGACCCUGAGCACGCAGAGGGCUGUGAGCAGGGCUCGGGCCGCUGUCACUGCAAGCCCAAUUUCCACGGAGACAACUGUGAGAAGUGUGCGGUUGGAUACUAUAAUUUCCCAUUUUGCUUGAGAAUUCCCAUUUUUCCUAUUUCUACUCCAAAUCCAGAAGAUCCAGUAGCCGGAGAUAUGAAAGGCAAGUAA